AUGGAAAGCUAAAUAACGAUCGAGACGCCGUUUGGAGACAUCCGAUGAAUGCGAGUCACAUUGGUGGACGAGAACAACAGUGUCACUUGAUCCUAUCCGAGUCAUUUGCGACCACAAAAGUUCUUGCCAUCAAUGGGAGGAUCCCCCAAAGAGAUGCAUAUAUAUGCAGUGGUGACCGGUGCGAACAAGGGGAUCGGGUUCGAGAUCUGCCGGCAGUUGGCAGCAAGUGGGGUUGUGGUGGUUCUAACAGCCAGAGAUGAGCAAAGGGGGCUUGCAGCUGUCAGUAAGCUGCUUCAGAACUCCCCCGGUCUCGCGGACUCUGUUGUCUUCCACCAGCUCGAUGUCACCAACCCAGCUAGCAUCGCUUCCCUUGCUGAUUUUGUCAAAACUCGUUUCGGGAAGCUCGACAUUUUGGUGAACAAUGCUGGAAUCCCGGGUGUCAUCAUAGAUGGCGAUGCUCUGAGAGCUUCAGAUUUCGCGAAGGAAGGAGCGCAGGUGAACUGGGGCGAGAUCAUGACUCAAACGUACGAAGUGGCUUUAGAAGGUGUCGAGACGAACUAUUAUGGGCCUAAGAGAAUGGUGGAAUCUCUCAUCGGACUCCUCCAACUUUCCGAUUCACCAAGGAUAGUGAACGUGUCCUCCUCCAUGGGAAAGCUGCGGAAUGUGUCCCCGGAAUGGGCUAAACAAGUGCUGAGCGAUGCUGAGAACCUCACCGCAGAUAAAAUCGAUGGGGUUGUGAAUGUUUUUCUCCAAGAUUUCAAGGAAGGCUCGUGGUCCUCCAAAGGAUGGCCGUCAUUUAUGGCUGCCUACACAAUCUCAAAGGCGGCGCUCAAUGCUUACACGAGGGUUGCGGCUAAGAAGUACCCCAAGUUUUGCAUCAAUAGUGUGUGCCCUGGAUUCGUAAGAACGGACAUUAACUUCAACAAGGGUAUUUUACCCGUCGAGGAAGGUGGAGCAAGCCCUGUGAGGUUGGCUUUGCUGCCCGAAGGAGGCCCUUCCGGCAGGUUCUUUGAUAGGAAAGAAGAGACGGAUUUUGAGUAGAGAAACUGAACAUUCAAUCCGUUCUGCUGGAUACUGCAGUGGGAACCCGCAGUCCGCGAUUAUCAUUGUGUCAUAUGUCCAUGUCUAUUGCUCGUGUCUGGUGGUGGCUUUUGUGUGCACAUCAAUUAUCAUGUUUCAGUCCUCGUGUGUACUAUACUUAAGCCUUAUUGUGCUGGAGUGAAUAUCUUAGGUGCCGCUCUGUAAUGUAUUAGUUAGCUCUGCGGUCUGUUUACUUUUGAAGAGUUUUUCAAUUUUUCAGAAUUUUUUUUAAACGAAGAUAACUACAAAAAAAUAUGUUUACUUACAAAAAAAAAA